AUGCCCAAGUCCGUAAUUUCCUAUCACAGCGUCGACCAGCAGAGCAACGACGAUGACGGCGGCGGCUACGACCAGUCCUCCUGGCUGGAGCAGCAGGAGCGGAGCGACACCAUCAGCAGCACCACUCCCACCUCGCCCAUGCUCACAUUCCGCUCGCUGAGACAGAACCGGGCGUCCGAGAACGAUCUCGCCAGACACAACGCCACAGAGCGGUCGAGCUUGCUAGGCAAUGCACAGAACUCACGAUCGUACGCAAGCAUACCGGCCACGGUGCCGGGCACCCCGCGGCCCCACACCGUACGGCACAACAGCCAGCUCCAUACCGGCCAGCGGAUGCGCCAUAGUCGGGCAGGCUCCAUCAGUCGCACCUUCAGCCAGCGGCUGGUGGACGCGCUGGGCGAGCGGGGUGCGCCCGGCUCGCUGGAGAACAGCAUGCACGCGUCGAGGCCGUCUCUGUUCCACGACGAUCGCGUGUGGUACGACCAGUUCACGUCGACCGACUGGGUGCACGACAGCAUCGCCGACGCAUACCGGGUGAAAGCCCUGCGCAGCCGGAAAGACCUCAGAGGGCGGCUGGCGGCAUGGUUCGACGGUGCCCAAGGCUGGAUCCUCGUGGCUCUUAUCGGCAUCCUCACCGCCUGCGUCGCCUACCUCGUCAACAUCACCGAGACCACCCUGUUCGACUGGAAGCAGGGAUACUGCACACAGGGAUGGUACAAGAACAAAAAGAGCUGCUGUGACGGGGCCUCUCUCUGUGAAGCCUGGGUACACUGGUCCCGCGUGCUCCGCAGCGACUGCCUGGACAAGGCCAACACGCAGUUUGCCGCCUUUGUGCUCUCCGUCGUAGUGCUUUCUAUGGCGUCAUGCGUGCUGACCCUGGCGACCAAGACCGUCAUUCCUUCCGCAAUCUCCCUGGCGACGCUCGACGAGAAUCUCGGGGCCGACGUCCGCGACUCCGAUCGCGACGAGGAGGGCCGCAAGCGAAGCUCAGACCCUGAGAUCAGCUUUAAUGAAUCGCAGAUGCGUCCUCCCAUGGUCUACUAUUCCGCCGCCGGCAGCGGAGUGGCCGAGGUCAAGGUCAUCCUCAGCGGAUUCGUCCUUCACGGCUACCUCGGAGUGCGCACUCUAGUCAUCAAAACCCUAGGCUUGAUUCUCAGCGUGGCAUCCGGUCUCAGUCUUGGCAAAGAAGGCCCCUACGUCCACAUCGCUACGUGCAUCGGCAACAUCGCGUGUCGUAUCUUCUCCAAAUACAGCAGCAACGACGGGAAGCGCAGGGAGAUCCUCAGUGCGAGUGCUGCUGGAGGAGUGGCUGUUGCAUUUGGUGCUCCCAUUGGCGGCGUUCUCUUCAGCUUAGAAGAGGUCAGCUACUACUUCCCGUCCAAGACCCUCUUCCGCACCUUCUUCUGCUGCAUUGCAGCCGCGCUUUCGCUGAAAUUCUUGAAUCCCUACGGUACCAACAAAAUCGUUCUUUUCGAGGUCCGCUAUCUGGUCGACUGGAAGUCCUUUGAAAUGAUCGCUUUCAUCUUCACUGGUGCAUUGGGCGGCGUUUUGGGAGCGCUCUUCAUCAAAGCGUCCCGCAUCUGGGCUCGCACUUUCCGGCGCAUUCCCGUCAUCAAGAAAUAUCCGAUACUCGAGGUUUUCCUCGUUGCACUUGUCACCGGACUGCUCAGCUUCUGGAAUAGAUACACGAAGCUUCCCGUCGCAGAGCUGCUCUUCGAGCUAGCCAGCCCUUGUGACACAUUCACCGAUUCUGGUGACGGCCUCUGUCCCACAAGGGAACACAUUCCCGAUGUUCUCAAGCUAUUGCUCAUUGCAUUCGUCAUCAAGGCAGGCCUCACAGUCAUUACCUUUGGUAUCAAGGUGCCGGCCGGCAUCUACGUGCCGUCCAUGGUCGUUGGUGGCUUAGCAGGACGAAUGGUCGGUCACCUCGUGCAGUUGUUUGCUCUGCGCUUCGCGGAUGCAGGCUUAUUUGGGCAUUGCGAUCCCGCAGGGCCACCUGGCUCAUGUGUCGUUCCAGGAGUGUACGCAAUGGUUGCCGCCGGAGCCACCAUGACCGGCGUUACUCGCUUAACUGUGACACUCGCUGUCAUCCUUUUCGAGCUUACAGGCAGUUUAGAUCACGUCCUCCCUUUUUCCCUCGGCAUCUUGGUUGCGAAAUGGGUUGCCGAUGCCAUUGAGCCCCUUAGCAUCUACGACCUCCUAACCGAUAUGAACUCGUACCCUUUCCUCGACAACAAGGUCCGACCCAUCUUUACCUCAGAACUAGGCGAUAUUAUACCGAGAAGCCGAGGUGAGCGUAUAAUCGACGUCUCUGAGUCGGCACUCGUUCCGGCUAGCGUGCUUCGUCAAAAGCAGCAGUAUCUCCAGAUGGCCGGCGAAAUCGAUGGUGGCCUUCCCAUCAUUAAGCAUGGCGUCCUCGUCGGUCUCAUUCCAGCUCCUGAUCUCGAGUUCGCCCUUGAUAAACUUGAGAACGAGGAUAACACGCUCUGUCUCAUGUCUCCGCACGUCGAUUGGGCUGCUGGGAGAGAGCAUAUGGGCGAGCAGAACGAGGACGAAGAGAAGAGUGAUUUCACACCUUACAUUGACCCAGCGCCGGUGUCACUGGAUGUGCAUUCGCCCAUGGACCUUGUCUAUGAGUGCUUCGUCAAGCUUGGUUUGCGCUACGUCUGCGUGCUCAGGGACGGGAAAUUUGCGGGUCUGAUGCACAAGAAAGCCUUCGUCAAAUACAUCAAAGAGCUGGAGGAGAACGAGAAAUGA